UUGGCUGGGCUCGCUGCUCACCCCCUGCGCGCAGCCCCUGACUUGCAGCUUCCAGGACUGCGCUGCCGCGCGGACCCGACGGCCCGAGUUCCUGCUGGUUGCCCUGAGGAGCCUACUUUCCCUCGCUUGAGAAGACCACCCUCUUCUCUUUACCGCAAAAUGAGUCAGCUGAGGCUGCUGCCGUCCCGGCUUGGGGCACAGGCCUCGAGGCUCCUGGCCCCACAUGAUAUCCAGAUGUUCAGCCGGCGCAGCAGGUCGUCUGGGCCACCGGCCCCCUUCCCAAGCAGCAAACGUGGAGGCAGCUCCAGUUACAUGGAGGAGAUGUACUUCGCCUGGUUGGAAAACCCCCAGAGUGUCCACAAGUCCUGGGACAGCUUCUUCCGGAAAGCCAGUGAGGAAGCCGCCUGUGACCCAGCUCAGUCACGGUUCCCUGAGAGCAGGCCAUCAGUCUCGAGCCGGACCAAGACCAGCAAGCUGGUGGAGGACCACCUAGCUGUGCAGUCCCUGAUCCGGGCCUACCAGAUUCGAGGCCACCAUGUGGCCCAGCUGGACCCCCUGGGCAUUCUGGAUGCAGACCUGGACUCCUUUGUGCCCUCGGACUUAAUCACAACCAUCGAUAAACUGGCGUUCUAUGACCUGCGGGAGGCUGACCUAGAUAAGGAGUUCCAGCUGCCCACGACCACCUUCAUCGGGGGAUCUGAGCAUACCCUGUCUCUGCGGGAGAUCAUUCGGCGCCUGGAGAGCACCUACUGCCAGCACAUUGGCCUGGAAUUCAUGUUCAUCAAUGACGUGGAGCAGUGCCAGUGGAUCCGGCAGAAGUUUGAGACCCCUGGUGUGAUGCAGUUCUCCAGUGAGGAGAAGCGGACCCUGCUGGCCCGGCUGGUGCGCUCCAUGAGGUUUGAAGACUUCCUGGCCCGGAAAUGGUCCUCGGAGAAGCGAUUUGGCCUGGAGGGCUGUGAGGUCAUGAUUCCUGCCCUCAAGACCAUCAUAGACAAAUCCAGUGAGAUGGGGAUCGAGAAUGUCAUCCUGGGGAUGCCACACAGGGGCAGGCUGAAUGUGCUGGCCAAUGUGAUCCGCAAGGACCUGGAGCAGAUUUUCUGCCAGUUUGACCCCAAGCUGGAGGCAGCAGAUGAGGGCUCCGGAGACGUCAAGUAUCACCUCGGCAUGUACCAUGAGAGAAUCAACCGGGUCACCAACAGAAAUAUCACUUUGUCCCUUGUGGCCAACCCCUCCCACCUGGAAGCUGUGGACCCUGUGGUGCAGGGAAAAACGAAGGCAGAACAGUUCUACCGAGGGGAUGCCCAGGGCAAGAAGGUCAUGUCCAUCCUGGUUCACGGGGACGCUGCCUUCGCCGGCCAAGGCGUGGUGUAUGAGACCUUCCACCUGAGUGACCUGCCCUCUUACACCACCAAUGGUACUGUGCACGUCGUCGUCAACAACCAGAUCGGCUUCACCACAGACCCCCGCAUGGCCCGCUCAUCACCAUACCCCACCGAUGUGGCUCGUGUGGUUAACGCGCCUAUCUUCCACGUGAACGCAGAUGACCCAGAGGCCGUGAUAUAUGUGUGCAGUGUGGCAGCUGAGUGGAGGAACACCUUCAAUAAAGAUGUUGUGGUGGACUUGGUCUGUUACCGCCGGCGUGGCCACAAUGAGAUGGAUGAGCCCAUGUUCACGCAGCCGCUCAUGUACAAGCAGAUCCACAGACAGGUGCCUGUGCUGAAGAAGUACGCAGACAAGCUCAUUGCUGAGGGCACCGUCACCCUGCAAGAGUUCGAGGAAGAAAUUGCCAAAUAUGACCGGAUCUGUGAGGAGGCGUAUGGCAGGUCCAAGGAUAAAAAGAUUCUGCAUAUAAAGCACUGGCUGGACUCCCCCUGGCCCGGCUUCUUCAAUGUGGACGGGGAGCCCAAGAGCAUGACGUGCCCGGCCACAGGCAUUCCCGAGGACGUGCUGACCCACAUUGGUGAAGUGGCCAGCUCCGUGCCCCUGAAGGACUUUAAGAUCCACACAGGCCUCUCUCGAAUCCUGCGGGGCCGUGCAGAUAUGAUCAAGAACCGGACGGUGGACUGGGCACUGGCAGAGUACAUGGCCUUUGGCUCCCUGCUCAAGGAGGGUAUCCACGUGCGGCUUAGCGGGCAGGAUGUGGAGAGGGGCACGUUCAGUCACCGGCACCAUGUUCUCCAUGACCAGGAAGUUGACCGGAGGACGUGUGUCCCCAUGAACCACCUUUGGCCUGACCAGGCCCCCUACACUGUGUGCAACAGCUCCCUCUCAGAGUAUGGAGUCCUGGGCUUUGAGCUGGGCUAUGCCAUGGCAAGCCCCAAUGCCCUGGUCCUCUGGGAGGCUCAGUUUGGUGACUUUCACAACACGGCCCAGUGCAUCAUCGACCAGUUCAUCAGCACCGGCCAGGCCAAGUGGGUGCGGCACAAUGGCAUCGUACUGCUGCUGCCCCAUGGCAUGGAGGGCAUGGGCCCGGAACACUCCUCAGCAAGGCCUGAGAGGUUCCUGCAGAUGAGCAACGAUGACUCCGAUGCCUACCCCGUGUUCACCGAGGACUUCGAGGUGAGCCAGCUCUACGAUUGCAACUGGAUUGUUGUCAAUUGCUCCACACCGGCCAACUACUUUCACGUGCUGCGCCGCCAGGUCCUGCUGCCCUUCCGCAAGCCGCUGAUCAUCUUCACACCCAAGUCUCUGCUGAGGCACCCGGAGGCCAAGUCCAGCUUUGACCAAAUGGUAUCCGGUAAGUGCCCAAGUGUGUUGGGGAGGUGGCUGAUGGGGGGCCUGGUGGCCCAUGGCCCUCUGCUCUCGGGACUCUUCCGUCCUCACCUCCGUCCAUGCCUCUGCAAUAGCUCCUGGCUCAUUCCUCACUGGGGCCGGGUUGGGAGUUUAGCGUGGUGGCCGCCUGACAUGGUCUGGCUUGGGUCACUUGGGCUGAGAAGCAGGGCCAGAGCAGGGCGCUGGGUGCUCCCCCAGCUACAAAGCAGGGCCCACCUGGCUGUGCUGGGGGAGCUGAGAUGUGGGAGGCCUGGUGGAGGUCUGAUCAGUACAGCAGGGCACGGAGUAUCAUUCAGUUAUUCAUUCAGUGUUCUUUCACUCAUGAACCAAAUAGAUACUACUGGCCCUGGGGACCCAGUGCUCCUUCCAGAAGCUUUCAGCCUCCUUUACCCAGGAGUUGAGGGCCAGAUAAAGCAUCUGAAGGACCAGGUGUUGGAAUUGAGAUGUGAUCCAGGGGAGGACCAGGGAGGGGCAGAUGUGGGGCCCUGACGCUUCGGAGAGCAGAGCCGUCUUGGAACACAGUCCUGGGUAGUAGGGAGAAUGGCAGGUGCUGGCCAGGAAGGGACUCGGCAGUGUGGACAGGUGUUUGUUUGUCACCUGUGUGUGUUGGGGCAUCCCCUCUGGUGUGGGCAGGUGACUGAGCCGGCAGUUCAGAGCUCUGGCCUUGGCACUGCGGACCUCCCAGGCUGAACACCCGGUGCUGGCUUUUCUCUCCUGAGGCCUGGCAGCCAGGUACCCUCUGGGCUUCAGUGUCCUCACUUGAGAUUUGGGGACACUAUAGUGUCUUCCUCAGAGGUUUUUGGAGCAUUCUUGGCUUGGUGCCUGGCACGUGGUGUGAGCCCAGGGAGGAAAAAUGUUCAGAACUUGGGACAUGGUGGCCUGGCUGCAGGCCUGAGGGAGGAAGGGAGAAAUGUGCGCAGCCUCCCAGACAGCUCACCUUCUAGCUUGGUGAGCAGGUGGCUGGAGUGCAUGCGGAAGGUAAGCGUGACUGGAUGGGGAGCAGGUUGGGGGCAGAUGUUGAUGCUAUCAGAUGAGGACUUGAUGUCACCUUCUCUAUCCUCUCCAAGGGCUCUCCCUGUCAUACCUGCCCCUCCAUCUUGGCUCCAGCCUAUUUCUGCCCCUUUCCUGUGACAUCUCAGGGUGUCAUCUGUCCCCUGCUCUGUGGUUUGGCUCAAGAGGCCACAGACCCAAACCUGGGGGGUUAGUCUCAGUGGCCAGGGAGAGCAUGGGGGUGGCUAGAGAUGCGGGUCCUAUUCUCGAGCUGUUCUGGCCAAGCUGAUGCACCUGUGGGAGGUGAUGUCCCUGCCAUGC